AUGGCUUUGCAUGAAUCUACCUCGCGUCUUCGUCGUGAUACUGGUAGCGAUACUUAUGAGUGGCGUCAAAGGAUCCAAACCCGUGAAAGAAUCUUUCAAAACCACCAAAGGGUGCUUCUUCGGAAAGAAGCUGCUCGGAGGGAAAGAUUCCAGAGGGAAAGAAUUCUGAAAGAGGAAAAAGCAAAAGCUGCUCAGGAAGAAGCUCGCUUAAAAGAACAACUAGAAACUGCUCAGAGGGAAUUCUGGAGAGAGGAAAAUGCAAAAGCUGUUCAAAGGCAGGAAGAAGCUCGCUUGAGGGAGCAAGAAGCUCGCUGGAGGAAGCAAGAAGAAGCUGCUCAAAGGGAAAGAUUCCAGAGGGAAAGAAUUCUGAAAGAGGAAAAAGCAAAAGCUGCUCAAAGACAAAAAGAAGCUCACUUGAGGGAGCAAGAAGCUCGCUGGAGGAAGCAAGAAGAAGCUGCUCAAAGGGAAAGAUUCCAGAGGGAAAGAAUUCUGAAAGAGGAAAAAGCAAAAGCUGCUCAAAGACAAAAAGAAGCUCACUUGAGGGAGCAAGAAGCUCGCUGGAGGAAGCAAGAAGAAGCUGCUCAGAGGGAAUCCUGGAGAGAGGAAAAAGCAAAAGCUGCUCAAAGACAAAAAGAAGCUCACUUGAGGGAAGAGGAAAAAGUAAAAGCUGCUCAAAGGCAGGAAGAAGCUCGUUUGAGGGAGCAAGCAGAAGCUAAUCAAAGGCAGGAAGAAGCUAGCUGGAUGGAGAAAGAAGAAAAGAAACAACGGAUAAAAAGAAGUAAGAAUUUAGGUUUUACGAUAGGUACAGAGUACUCUGGAGUUGUGUCUACCGCUUCCCCCUACCCCGAACCCAAAUUCGACUCACACGGUGGUGCUUUCAGAGAUGAAGGAGUAGAUGCAUUCUGGUCUCUUCCUUCAUUGACGACAACUUCAACAGCUCAAAGAUAG